ACACCCAAUCUUCAGACCUAUCGUUAACACCUAGACCUAGAUCUACAUUGAAAAGGAAAUUUAAAAACUGUGGAGUGCUGCGUACGUGUUAAUGUUAUAACGCGAUCCAGGAUUUUGUAAACCCUCAAAAUUGUGUACUGUCAAACCAAUUUCAUUCAUGUGGGGAUAUCAGAACAUUUACAAUGGAACCAAUCGAAAUUAAAUGAUGAUGUCUCUAAGUGUAAAUAUUGAAAUAUAAGCAAAAAAUUUAAUUAAUAUACAAGAAUGUUUUCUGAUUCUUGUAACAUGAUUCUACUGCCCAACAUUACCAGUUAUUGCCAACUGUGGCUAAUGACCUGUCAAUGUUUGACCACACACUUGAACUCAAUGAUUGAACCAAAUAACCAGCAAAUAAACAAGCUUUUCCAUGGAAAUAUAAAUCUAAAUCAUGGUGGCCUAACCUUGGACAUGAGAUACAAUAAAAAGAUUUGCUGUUUCAAGAAAUCAGUGGAUAAAGCAAGUUUAACUCAGUUCAGCUUGCAGUAUAAAUGGAGAUGUGUCUUUGUUCAGAGAAAAAGUGCAGUGUUUGUGUCUGAUGUGGGCACAGUUAAGCAUAGGCCUAUAUAUUCACCACAAUUAAAUACACUGGAAGAAAAUAAUAAUUUGUGCAAUGCUACUGAGGCAGGAAAUAAAAACAAAAUAAAAUGCAAAAUCAUUUUCAAGGAGGAAGAGAAUACACACACAAAAUUUCUUCAUUUAAUUUUAAAACAUGAUGACAUUUCAAGCUCUUUGUAUUGGUAUUUAUGUGAUUAUCCUAUAUUUAUACAUACAGUUAUAGCUUUAAUUGCCAUUUUUUAUGUUGCUACAUUGUUUUACAUCUUCAAAAAAGUUAAUUACAAAAAUGUUACUCUGUAUCUAAACAUAGACCCAGACACAGACAAGCUUUUAUUUUUGGUGAGAUUUAUUUCAAUGAAAAAUGUUAUAGGCCUACAUAGAAAAAUGACAUCUGUGACAUUAUCCGUCUCAAAUCUAAAGCCAAAAUUAAUUGUACACCUGGAUCCUUAUGUGUAUGAAAAGACAGUUUUCACUAACACUUUUAAGAUUGUUCAUCUGGCAAAAGAAAAAGUACAGUCUUUAUUUGAGAAAAUCAGUUCGCCAAUGUUCGGCUUCAAAAACCGUUUAGACGAGUACGCCUGUUACCCAGUCUUUGAAAUGUCGAGAGUUGCCUCGUUUAGGAAUGUUGAUUUUUCUACACUUCCCAACAUAGUUUAUGCUACCCAGCUGGCAGCAUCAGGGUUUUAUUACUCUGGGGAAGAUUUGAUGGUCAUCUGUGUGUCAUGUAGCAGUAGAGUUGAGCUGAGCCACUUCAUAUCUUCACCUGCCGGAAGACGCUACCAUGAAGAAAAUUGUAGCUUUGUUGAGGACGAAAGGGGAAAUUGUAGCUUUGUUGAAAAUAAAAGGGAAAAUCAAAGCUUUGUGGAAAAUAAAAAAGAAUAUGUGUGGAUUUCUUCUGCUCCAACCAAGCAAAGUGGAGAUGUGUUAGAACCUGAGCAAGGGACAUCACUGUUGUCGGCUGGUCUGUCAGAAACGCAAACAAAUGUCUUUGGUCUGGAGAAUCAGCUUGCCUGUACAAAUAGUGAAUUUCUCAAGGUUAUCAAUUCAGAACUUCAAGAGGAAGAUAUUUUUGAUGUUAGCAGUUUAACAUCAAUAUCAGAGGAAGCUGAUGUUGAAACCCCUUUACCAAAGAUCAGAAGGUUCAUGUCCAGCAAUUCAUUGACAUCUUCUGCCAGUUUUUCAUCUGGCUACUCUUCAGCUUCCUCUGAAUCUUCAUCUGAAUUUGAGAUGCCCAGAAAGUUUUAUCAACUAGCAAACUUUGAGGCUGAGUAUGAGAUAUCAGUUGGAAAAUUUAGCCGUCUAACCCAAAGGCUGUUGUCAACUUGUAAAAAAAAUCCUGACCACUUAAACUUCAUCCCAUCAAAUGAUUUUCAACUUGAUCACCUCCCUCGUAAAUGUCAACACAGUGACGUUUUAAUCUUAAUUAAGCUUUACGCAUGUCUGACAGCAAAAAUAACAGUCUCCAAAACAAGUUCCAAACGACUUUCUAAUGACUCUGUUUUAAAAGAAUCCAGAACUACAAGAUACGGGACUGGAUGUGCAUUAGACAAGCCAAAUGAAAGUAACGAUGAGCCACAGGCUACAUUACAAAGCAGAUUUAAGUCUUUUGCAAAGAGAUCCUAUAGGAAAACUUGGUCAGUCUUUGUAGAAACAACCACCCAGCUUGUGUUUGACAAUGAAGAAGCAAAAAGCUGUACAGUGGAGCUUUGUUUGGAUCUGGCCAACAGAAGCAAGACAAAAUGUUUAAAAGGUGAACAAGUGCUACACAGCAACAUGCCAGGAGAGCUCAGGUCUACCCUGGUCUGUACUACAAAGGAUGUUCAAUUCAUCAAACAGCUUCAGCAAACUCAACAAGAUUUGGCAGAUAUACUUGCAACUAUUACAGACACAAUCAUGAAAUGUAUGGAAAAAUAUAUCUGGAUAAUUUCCUACCCACAUGGUAGUGAUAGAUGCAUCUCAAGUGGGGAGUUUAACCAUGUUAACUACAAGCUUCAAGUUGAAGAAGGAGACAGUAGCCUUUUAUCUGUGGAAAAAGUCCAUGGGCAUGAAGACAUUGCAAGUCUUAAAGAAGCUCUAACAUACAAGGUCCCCACCUGUCCAGGAUCCACUGGUGCUCCAAUCAUCACAGCAACUAGGUCACCUAUUGGGGCCAGCAAUCAGAUGCUAAAAAUAGAUGUCUGGAUGCAUUAUGGGAUUGAAAAUAGGGAAAACUGUGGAGUUUCUGUAAUGAGAACUUAUUUAAACAAAGAUUCAAUGCACCUGCCCAACCUUUUAUCAGCACCAGAGGUAUCUCAAGUUCUAGCCCUAGAUCACUCACCUCAUGUGAUGGUCCCACAAAUACCUGAGGUACAAGCUUCAGCAUGUGAGCCCCACUCACCUCAUGUGAUGGUCCCACACAUACCUGAGGUACAAGCUUCAGCACGUGAGCCCCACACACCUCAUGUGAUGGUCCCACACAUACCUGAGGUACAAGCAUCAGCACAUGAGCCCCACUCACCUCAUGUGAUGGUCCCACACCUCCCGACCCAACCAACACUUGGCCAUCGCACACACCCAGUGUACAGUGACCACAAGAAAAGACUGGACAGUUUUGUUGCUUGGCCAGCUAACAGCACUCACACACCACAGGAGUUAGCUGAUGCUGGGUUUUAUUGUACUGGUCAUUCUCAUUGUGUUCAAUGCUUUUACUGUGGACUGGUAGUAAAAUCAUGGAGCGCUGGAGAUGACAUUUUAUUUCAACAUCAGAAUAAGAGCCCUGGAUGUUGCUACUUGCAAGCUCAGUUGUGUGCUGGGUUGACCCCACUAGCCAGACAAGAUGAAACCUAUGCUGUAGCCAGACAGAUAUCCUCUUUGAGUCAUGCUAUUAAUCAGCCACAAGAGGUUACCAUAGCAACAGCACUGAUUCAUACUACCAUUAGUCAAAACUAUACCUCUGAAUCACUGAUACAUCAGGGAGAAAACAAUGACUGUCAUGCCGGUGUAGACAAUCAAAACUUCUCAAGUACACAGAAUUCACCACAGCCUUCUGGGAAAACAUCACAGGACUUCUCAACCAAUCAGGUGAUUUCCUCACCACACCCUAGUUCUAGUGACAACAACCUGCAGCAACCAACAGUACUUGUUGGAAAUAAAACAACACUGCUAGGUCUACUUGAGAGAGAAAACAGAACACUGAGUCACCAAACCCAGUGUAAAGUGUGCCAGAGUUCACCUGUCAGGGAUUUGUUCCUGCCCUGUGGACAUUUGUAUGCCUGCACAGAUUGCUCUCAACAUCUGGCUCACUGUCCUGCUUGUGGCACUCAGAUACUUGCCACAGUCACCACUUACUUUACCUGAAACUUGUAGCAGUCUAACUCUAGGAUUUAGCUAUGUCCUCUUGUCUGAUGUAAGGCUACAAAUGGUGCACAAAGCUCCAGAUGAUGCCAUCACAAGAGAUAUUAUAAAAUUAUGUUUAGGCCUAUAAAAAUAGAGCAGACCAGGCUUUGUGUGAUAAGAAUU